UUGUUCUACUUCGGUCGGUACGCCAGACAUGGAGCGACAUCACACCAGUGUCACAAGGACUCCCCUCAACAGUGUUGUAGUUCAGAGGAGGAGUAAAAACAAGAGCUACCGGCAGUCGUACCGCAGCUGCUUAGGUGCUGCUUCACGGCUCGCCUUGACUCCAGCGCUGACAGCACGGAGGCUCAACACCAGCAGGAGAGCUCCAAAGUCACACAACAUCACCGAGAAGGUGAAUCCGGAGCAGCUGGCUUUGCUCUUGAAGACGGAGUGGCAUCUGUCCUACGUUACCCCCCUCUAUCAGUUCAGACACACCCAGCUGAAGAGCUACUCCAGGCAGCUGUCUGCGUUCAUUGCGGCAGAGAAGCAGCAAGGGAUGGCAGUGGAGGUGGAGGGGCCACACAGCAGCUUCAAGGUCUCCUUCUCUGUGGUGCAGGGGAUGGUUGAGGCGGAUGAUGAUGCAGAGACUGUCCUCAUACAGAUCCAUUCCAAGCCGUUGUUUGCCAGGCAGGAUGAGCCUCCGAGGUCAGUGUGGAGCGGCUGGCUCACCUGCAUCAACGGCAACCCCGAGUACCUGCGCUCACUUCCACAGGACUUCACCUGCCUGCCGCUCUUCUGCAGCACUGGGCCCGAGGGUAUCACCACCGUGGUCAAAUCCUGGUUCCAGCGGACCUUCGACUGCUGCUUCGGCCCCCUGGAAAUCAGCCAUACGAGCCUACAGUGGCUGGUGGCCUUAUGGACUAACUGCCACACCGAGUCCAGCAUCCAGCACCUCAAAAUGAUUUGGACCCUUCCCGUUGCGCCGCCGCUGCAGGUGACCUACACGGUUAACCCGCAGGACGCCUGGGAGCUGUGGAGCAGUGUGAGAAAGGACCAACAGGGGGAGAAUAAAGGAAGGGAGGAGGAAGCGGAUGAUAGUAUCGAUAUUGAGGAAGUGAAGAGGUUCAUCCAAGGGCUGAGGAGUCACUUCUACAGACACUUCAGGCUGGAUCUGUCAGCGGGGAGCCUGAACCAGGUGUCCACAGCACUGGGCUCAGCCAAGUACAGCGGCAGAAUCAAGAUCUCCAACAGCAGAUACAUGAUCACAACCCUGACGCUACUGACAGAAUGUGCCCUCCUCAAAAUGCCAAUCUGAGUGACGGACUAAAGACUUUUUAAAGAAAUGCAAUAUCCCAAUAGCAGCCUUCAUUUGAAAAAAGACCAGACACGCAGCUUUGUGUGGCAGAUUGCUUUUUUUAAACUUUUUUUUUAAUAGACCAGGUCAAACAUCUCUCCAUCAUUUCCCUCUAAUGUAAAUACUAUACUGUAUAUAUUCUUGUCCAGCCGUUUAUAUAUUUUUUUGUCAUUUAUAGUUGUAAAUAAAAGUAAAAAAGGA